UCCCUGGGAACAAAAGAUCUGAGAUAUAAAAAUAGGAAUGACCUCAAGAUACAGCGUGCCAGGAAAAGGCGCUAUAAAGCUGGUCAAAAAGAAUGAUACAUGGGUACCGAAAAAACAACGACAUAAAACAACGUUAGAAGUUCAUGGAUAUACUAUCUCUUCUAAUCUUGGAGAAGGAGCCUUUGCAAAAGUAAAACUUGCCAAGUCAAGUAAACACAACUGCAAUGUUGCCAUCAAAGUUAUUGACAAGCGUAAAGCUCCUAAGGAUUAUAUCUAUAAGUUUUUACCACGAGAGAUUCAGAUAAUGCAUCGUUUAAAUCAUCCCAACAUAAUAAAACUGUACGAAGCCAUCGAAACAGAAAUCAAAGUUUACCUUAUCCUAGAACUAGCGGARGGUGGAGAUUUACUUGAAUAUAUCAAUAAUAAGAAUACAGUUGGAGAGGAUGAGGCGCGCGCCCUGUUUUGUCAGUUUAUGGCAACGAUGGCGUACUGCCACAAAGAAUCAGUAGUCCAUCGUGAUCUAAAAUGCGAAAACAUUCUUCUUGAUGACAAGGGACGCAUCAAAAUAACAGAUUUUGGUUUCGCAACAAAUACCUACUCAAGUCCGUUCCUGAAAACAUUUUGUGGUUCAUAUGCCUACUGYAGUCCUGAAAUCCUCCGCGGUGAGAGGUACAAGGGCCCCGCUUCUGACGUCUGGAGUAUGGGUGUGGUUCUUUACGCCCUCGUCUGUUCCCGUCUGCCCUUUAGUGACGAUGAUCUGAGAUUUAUCAUCAAAAAGGAGCCACGAAAGUUAAAAUUCUCUAAGAAAACAAGCCAAGCCUGCCGAGAUUUGAUAAAGAGAAUGUUGACCAUGGACGAAAACAAGCGUCCUACCGCUGAACAGCUGCUUCAAGAUCCCUGGGUCAAGGAAGAACUCAGGGAAAACCYUGAUUUAGCUUACCUUGGCCAUAGAGAUUCACCACCAUCACGYAUGAACCCCCCUCCACCCCCUCCCCCACCUAUAAAUGAAUAUGAAGAAGAAAUCUUCCCACAAAACAUGACUCCAACACGCGGCAGCACUAAAACGGUGAGCUGUCUGACGUCUCCAAUAGUAUCUUUACCCGUCACUUUAACAUUCGAUAAAGGACGGCGAAGACACACCCUAGCAGGUCAUCAGUACGACAACCCUAAGAGACGUGUUUCUUUAAGAGACGAACUGCUUAGGACUAUUGCAGCCAAGGAAAUGCGGUCAAAAUCCUCACAGAUGCUUGCAGACGUGCAGCGCAAAUCCAUGUCAUUAGAAAAUGUGAAGAAAAUGAACGAGUCAAAACAUGUCCGCCGCAGCUCAUUGGUUCAUGACAUCAUAAAUAUUGACCAUGAAUCAACAAGAGAWCGAAGAAUGUCAAUGACAAACCGCAAGCCUUCUUUGUUAACGGAUGUCACCUAUAACACCCCUACUUCCAAGCCUUCCCCCAGAAGAUUACAGUUUUUACUCAGUGGAAAUAGCAAGAAGGAGGUARUCAUGACGGCAGAGGAUAUUGGUGGACGAUGUGAAAGAGAGAAAGAGCUCAGGGCAUUGAAGUUUUCUAAAGCCGGGAAUGCAGCUCGCAUGGCAGCAAAGGAAGCUCAUAAUGAGCAUGAAAAACAAACACUUGCAACAACAGAACUUCAGACUCCCCAUGUAGAAGAAGAACAAACUACUAGGCUUGAAAAAUGGCGCUUGAAAUGCAUGAGACUUCUUAAUAAAAAAGCACUGAUCGGAGAAAAAUUCACUUUCAAAUUGGUAUAAAAAGGAGUCAUUGUAUUGUCAAUUUUUUCCUU